UCUCAGAAGAGGACAUGGGCCCCGAGGGUCAUCCCCUCCCCACCCCAGGACACGCUGACAAGCACAGAGUGGGCGCGGGUCAGCCCGGGUCAGACCAGUGCCUGCUGAUAAAGUGGAUGGUGGGGGCCUGGUAGGUGCCACCGGGAGCCCCAAGGGACCAGUCGCUACUGGCCUUCUGAGGCCGGGGUGGGUGGAGGGUCUCAGCCAGGGGGCUGACCCUCAUGCUGACCCUCCAGUGUCCUUGUGUUUCCAGGUGACCUUUCGGUCGCCAGAGGUGCCAACGGAACUGUCGGGAGAGUUUGUGCAGCUGCGGUGUUUACACUGGCCCUGGAGAAAGUGUUCCGGUCCUGCCCGGGCAUGGGCUUGGGGACGUUCGCCGGCACCCGCAGGUGGGGGCAGCGGCCCAGACCCCAGACUGCCUCUGGGAAACGCGGACAAGACGGAAACAUGCUUGGCUUUGAGGAGCCUGCUGCUGUGCUCCCCACGACUGUCCUCACACAGCGGGCGGGGACCGUGGUCCACACGCUGUUUCAGGCCAGGCGUGUGGGGCCAGGAAGAGCGUGCUGCGCCUGCUGCCAGUCCAGGGUCAGGGGCCGCCGACGGCCCGAGGAGGGACCUUGCCGCCACAGUGCACGUGCCCAGUCCUGCUGGGGAGUCCGCGCCGCUGGCCACUCUGAUUCAGUGACUUCCGGGAUGCGGAGGGCCGCGGGUCCCCCUCGAGGGACAGCGGGGCGUCCAGGACCAGUGGGGGCGGCAGAGUCAGGCCGCUGGGAAAGCGCCCGCGGAGGAGGGCAUCCGAAGUGCGUCGUGAAGGAUGCAGAGUGGCUCGUCAGGAGUGCAGCUGUCCCGGGCGGGAAGGCCCAGUGCACGGCUGGGCCAGAGCACAACAGGGAGCUGGGCUGCUGCCAGGGGCACUCGAGGCCCACAGGCCUGCAUCCCUCACCCCUGCAGCCAUGGCAGGCUCCAAGCGUGGCCAGGUGUGUGGCGGUAAGAAGCCCGUUGACGUCCAAGCCCUGAGGAAGAAGGUCGGCAGUGCGACGUGUGACCCGGCCACCCGGGCCAUCCUCAGCAGUCUGCUGCUCUACGUCAGUGACCUCGAGGACAGGCCCCCGGGGCCUCCUCCCACGGGGACAGAGGGCAGGCAGAACAGGGCCAGCCGCUCUCCAAAGACUCAGGACCCGCACCAGAGACCCACGUGCUUCCAGCUGCUGCAGGCCAAGUUCAUGGGCACCGGCCGAGAGCCCCGCCUCAAGAAGACCCGGGAGGUGGGGAGGCUGAUCUUCAAGGACAAGCAGGGCCCCAGCAGGAGUCUGGUGACCGCCACCAUCAACAAGCUCCUGGACAAGGCCCGGGAGGGAGCCGGCCGCCCGGCGCAGGACGGGGAGCAGCUCUGCAGCGAGAAAUCCCGGCGGGCCCCCCCCACCGUGGGGAAGGGCACCGUGAAAAACAUUCUGAAGGUAUUCUUGGCGGCAGAGGAGAAGAACGUGUGCGAGAAGCCAGAGGCUGCCAGGGAGCCCCCGCCCAAGCUGCCCCGGAAGAGGGGCUCCGUCCUGUCCAGGCUUCGGGAGAAGUUUGAGCAGAGCGGCUGUCUCUGCUCCGAGGCCAGCGUGCUGCCGCUCCGCACGGAGGAGAGGAAGACCGGCCAGCGCAGGAGGAGGGUGCACCGGCCCGAGACCCGCGUGCUCUGCACGGCCACCAUGGCCAGCACCUGCGUCCGAACACCCCUCGCCCGCUUCCUGGCCUGCACCGCUGAGCCCGUGCUGGCCUUCCACAUUGCCACGGUCGUCUGCAGCCCCAGGAGCUGGCUGUCCCACUGCGCCAAAAUCAGCCACUCCAACCGGCGGGUGUCCAGCGCAGAGGAUGCGGCGUCCAGGGGCAAUAACACAGCGGGACGGGGGCAGCCUGGUGGACACCCCGCACAGCCGCCACCGUCCGGGGCCACAGCUUCUGGGGACAAUCUGAAAACCGGGCUCCUGAGAGUGGGGCCUGAGCCUGUCUCUGAGGCAGCCCCGGCUCCCGCUUCCCACAGGGGUGAGGCUCUUCCUGGCUGUGACCCCGGGGUGAUCCCCCCCAAACCAGCCAGCCCCGGGGCUGCCGGGGCAGCAAGAAAGGACAGGAUGGGCCCGCCCCCCGCAGGAGACUCUGCACAGCACACCUGGGUGCCAGGGGGAGCCAGGGCGGGCCUGGGGCCUGGGGCCCCGGUGGCACGAGCAGGAAUGGCCCCCGAGGUGGCUCUGACGGUUUGCAGUUCUGAGGAUGAAACAGAAGUAGCGACCCCAGGCUCGGAGCGAGACCCCCUGUUCGCCGUGCAGGAGACUUUCCCGGAACAGAAGGUAGCGGGGCGCGUCCCGCCGCUUGCGGUGCCCGCGGUCCGGGCCCAGCGGCGCGCACAGCCGGCCGCGGAGCCCCCCCAGAUAAGUGUCAGGCGGCCCCUCGUGCACGAAAUGCCGCCUCCUGCCGCGCUGCCGAAGGCAACUGGUGGUGGAGGCAGAGGUUCUAGUGUUCCGAGCGGCGGGGAUGCGGAUUCCAGUGGGGGAGGGGGCGGAGGUGAGGGCGCCGGUGUGGCUUGGGGAGGGGCCGAGAGUGGGGGCGAGGGCAGAGGCGGAGAUGUGGGCGGGAGUGGGGGUGUGCGCGGAGACGGUCCCACGCGGGUAGGCGGCGCGGACCCCAGGUCAGGCAGCGCGGGUCGGAGCGGGCUGGUGGGGCAACGGGGCUCCCUCGAAGCCCUGAGUGUCCCGCCUGCAAGGGGCGUCGCCAGCGUGGGUUGGGACCUCCCAGCGGCUGGUCCGCAGCCAAGUCCCACGCGGGGAAAGGAGAACACGAGCAGCGCCGCAGAUCCAAACGCGCUCCGGCUCCGGGAUCCUGAGGGCGCGGCCGUGCAGGACGCGUCCGAGGCCGCUGGCCAGAAGCAUCUGUCGCCUGCAGCAGGUGACGGGCGCACCCGUGGUGAGGACGCCCCAUCGCAUCAUCUCCCGGCGUCGGAGACUCCGGGGAGAGGGGACGGCCCCUGGGGCCCCGGCCGCGGCAGGGCGAGGUUCGACAGGGCGGCCUCGGUGCACGAGAAGGGCCUGCGCGAGCAAGAGCCCGGGGAGCCGCCGCGGAGGGGCUCUGCCCGGCCGGUCCUGCUGGCCGCAGGGCGCUCCGGCCCCCGCCUGGGUGGGGACAGACCCAGCGCCCUCGGUGAACGCCCCAAACCGAGUACCGAAGCGCAGGUGGCCGCGGAGAGCCACGUCACAGCAGCGCCAGGGAGCGCCCCGAACCCCGUAAACGACGUGGCCGGAGAGCGGAAGCCCGUGCGGGAGGCAGAGGGCCGCGCCGCGCCACCGCACCACAGUCCCGCCGCUGCGGCUCGCGCCCUCGCCGCCAGCCACCCGCUCGGCUCCGUGCCAGCCGGGCCCUCGAGGAGGAGCGGCGCCUGUGGAGGCUCAGGGCAGCGCCUGCCCGGGACCCCCGAGUCCGCGGCCGCGGUCCUGCUGGAGGCGGGGGCCCCCUUGCCCACGCGUGCUGCAGCCGAGAGUGAAGAUCGCACAGGGGCUCGAGGCAGAGGUGCCACAGCCGGAUAUGGGAGCCUAUGGGGGGGCGACAUGCCCCCAGUCCCGGGCUGGGUUCACCCCACGCCCCAGAGCACUGCUGCCGCGGGGUCUUCCCAGAACCAACAGAGCAAGGAGGACAAGUGCAUCCUGCCGGAAGAGCAGGCUCUUCCCAGUGCGGGGGCUCCUGGGGCGGCAUCCAAAGGAGGGCCAGCAGGCGGGGUGCCCCAGAAGUACACCGACCUCCAGGUGCACCUGCCGCCUGCGUCCCUCGCCAGGUCUGACAUCGCCGAGGGAAUCGAGGUCAGGGACAAGCAUCAACCUCGGGCAAGCCUGGGGGCGCUGGAGGAAGGGGCCUCAGGGCCCAUGAGGCCAGGCAGUCCCCUGGAGAAGCGGGUAGCUCUCCGGGGCCGGGAGCCUGGGUCAUGUGCUGCAGAAGAGGAUCAGACACGGCCCUGGGAGAUCAAGACCCACAACCAUCAGGGCCAGCGACACAUUUGAGCUUCCGAAGUGAGGUCCCAGCUCCCGGAGCACCGGUGCGUCCGGCGCGUCUGCUUCUGCUCCUCACCAGGUUCCCGCCUGUUUUCCUGCCUCCAAACACACGGACACGUGCGCGCAGGGUUCUGUGUGGCUGGUGCCUCUCCGUCUUUGGUGACCCUCCCGGAGGGUCCACGCUCCAGAACUGGAGAGUUCUGCACCGUCUCUCCCGUUUGGCUGAAGAGGCAGGUCCUCAGGGCAUCUGGACGUUUGUCCCCAGCGUCCCAGCCUUUACUGUGCUUGAGGCGCCUUCCCUAGGAGGGCGUCCAGACACUGGUCUCUGUCUCUGUGUCUCUGUGGUGUUGUGUUGUUUUCAGUUCUUCGAUGUUCGGUGCUCAGCCUGGCGUGCAUCUCGCCCAUCCUGGCUUGGUGGCUCCGGCCGGCACUGUCUUAGAGGGAACCUUCCUCGU